GCAUAGGAAAAUUAUGAGUUGGACUGUUCACACUUAAUGAUCUUCUUUCCGCCCGCAGUAAAUCAAGGAAUUCAAGCUCCGAUAGAAGAAGCCCUAAAAUUUUGGAAGUCAAAGUUAUACUAAGCGUCCCGAUCCAUCGAUCUUCUUUCUAGGUUUUUGACUUUGUCCUGCCUCUUCCUGCGGCAAGCGUUUGGUUGCUCAUCCUCGGCGUCCGGCGACAGACUUGGCAGAUCGAGGCAUUGAGUUGUUGCUUGUAUCCAUGGAGGCUCUACAACUUUCUAGUUUUCACGUUGCUAAUGAGAGGAUCUCAUUGGGGCACUAUCUUUCUUCAUCUACAUUGAAAGCUCCUUCUUUGAGAAGUUCAGGACUGGAUGAAAGGUUUAUUCGUAGCCUUAAGAUACCCAUGACUAUUAAGGCAAAGACAUUUGUUUCUAUGCGCCUUAAUGGAAGCAGCAGAAAAACUCCAGGUUACGAGGACAAUACUAUUUUAAAAUUCACAGAAGGUCAUUCAGAGAAAUUUGUGGAUGAAGCGAUAAAGACACAUUCGACUCUAAAACAGAGUGAUGAGAAAAUAGGAGCAGAUCUGUAUGUACAUCAAGAGCGUGCUAUUGAACAAAAAGGAUAUGCAAAACUACAUGAUUUUUGCUUGGGAAUCCCCUAUGGUGGUUUUUUGUUUGCUGGAGGACUUUUUGGUUUCCUUUUUUCAAGAAACUCAGUAAGUUUAACUACAAGCUUGCUAGGGGCUGGUAUAUUGGUCUUGGCGGCCAUUAGCCUGAAGGUCUGGAGAAAAGGCCUCAGCAGCUCACCAUUCGUGUUGGGACAAGCAGCCAUUGCUGCUACUCUCCUUGUGAAACAUUUCCAGUCUUAUUCCUUGACAAAGAACCUCUUUCCUUCUGGGCUUUAUGUCUUCAUGAGUGUUGCAAUGCUUUGCUUCUACUUUUAUGUGCUAUUCUCCGGUGGUAACCCGCCUCCAAAGAAGAAGCUUGCUGCUACCCAGUCCCCUUAGUCCCAAAUUCUUCAUCUUCAUGGUUUUUUAUCAUAGAGCAAUCAUUAGUAGUUUCUUUUUGAUAUAUCAUUACAGGGAGACGCCAUUUAGUACAAUAAAUUUGUAACAAAACUUACCUGAUUGUUACUUACGAUGGAAAUGUAUAAAGGAAAUUAAGAAAAAGGGUUUUAGUUUAUUCAAAUUACACUAUUGCUACCA